UUAAUCCAUUUUUGUUUAUUUUGGGGGUGCACAGUUUUCCGAUUUGAAUAGAAUGUUAAAAUAAAUACAUCCCUUAAACAUUCCGGCGUUUAUAUUCAAUGAAACGUGUUGUGUUUAACAGUUAUAAAUAGCAGGUUUUCUGUAGAUUAAAGAUAAACUUUGUGGUUUAGUGGAUUUGCCGAUGGUGGUUGUAGCGGGAGGAAUGGGCGCGUCUCACUUCACACACUAGUGCACUAAGUAGUGUGUAGUAAAGAAUAUCUGCAGGGUUAGUGUUUGUAUCAUGAAGUUUAAUAUGACAGUGUGUAGUUUCAUUAGGUUUGUAAUCUGUAAUGUUACUAAGUGUAACGGAUCCCAGGCCGUAGGAAGCCGUUAUUCCGCAGUGUGUGAGUAGUGCACUGUGUAGUGCGCAGUGAGGGGAUUAGGACACGGCUCCCUCUGCGCUCUGUGUGUGUGGACGCUGAGCCGGGAUGGCUGAACUCAGGAGUAAUAAAGAGCUGAGAUACGACCGGCAGCUCAGGUUAUGGGGAGAUCAUGGUCAGGAUGCACUGGAGAGCGCGCAUGUGUGUGUGAUAAACGCCACAGCAACCGGCACAGAGAUACUGAAGAACCUCGUCCUGCCUGGUAUCGGUGCGUUCACUAUAGUUGACGGACACAAAGUGACUGGAGAGGAUGUUGGGAACAACUUCUUUCUCAGCAGUGAGAGCAUCGGGAAGAGCCGAGCUCAGGCGGCGACAGAGUUACUGCAGGAACUGAACAGUGAUGUUUCAGGGAACUUUGUGGAGGAGGACGCUGAGAAACUGCUGGAGAAUGAUCCAGAGUUUUUUAACAGAUUCAGUUUGGUCAUCAGUGUUCAGCUUCCAGAAAGUGUGUGUUUAAGGUUGGCGUGUGUGUUAUGGAAGGCCAAUGUCCCAUUCCUGGUCUGCAGGACGUAUGGACUCGUUGGCUACAUGAGACUCGCCAUAAAGGAACACACAGUGGUGGAGUCGCACCCGGACAGCGCUCUGGAGGAUCUCAGACUGGACGCUCCAUUCACUGAGCUGAGAAAUCACAUCAACUCCUAUGAGCUGGACUCCAUGGACAAGAAGGAUCACAGUCACACUCCGUGGAUCAUCAUCAUCGCCAAAUAUCUGGAGAGGUGGUACAGUCAGCAUGACGUUCAGUUGCCUAAAACGUAUAAGGAGAAGGAGGCGUUUAGGCAGCUGAUCAGAGACGGGAUUCGCAAGAAUGAAAACGGGACUCCAGAGGAAGAGGAGAACUUUGAUGAAGCCAUAAAGAACGCUAACACGGCUUUAAACCCUACGAAGAUCUGCAGUGGUGUGGAGGAGAUCUUCAGUUCUGAACAGUGUGAGAACAUCACCUCUCAGACUCCGGCGUUUUGGGUGAUGGCUCGAGGUGUGAGGGAUUUUGUGCAGAAUGAGGGGAACGGGAAACUCCCCCUGCGCGGCACCGUCCCUGAUAUGAUCUCUGACUCGGACAAGUUCAUCAGCCUGCAGAAUGUUUACAGGGAGAAGGCAUUGCAGGAUGCUGCUGUUGUGACUAAACACAUUGAGUCUCAUCUUCAGGCUGUUGGGAAGCCUGUAGAGAGCAUCUCUGAGCAGGACAUCAAACUCUUCUGUAAGAACGCAGCGUUCCUGCGGGUUAUCCACUGCAGAUCUCUCUCUGAGGAAUACAGCGUCAAAACUAUUAACAAGGAUGAGAUUACUUCCUGUAUGGAUAAUCCAGACAGCGAGUUGGUUCUGUAUCUCAUGCUACGUUCUGUGGAUCGUUUCUACCAGCAGCACUCCAGAUACCCAGGUGUGUAUAAUUACCAGGUGGAGGAGGACAUCAGCAGGUUGAAGGUGUGUGUAAACAGUCUGCUGCAGGAGAACUCGCUCAAUGUCAACGUUAAAGACGACUACAUCCACGAGUUUUGUCGUUAUGGAGCUGCAGAGCCACACACCGUUGCGGCAUUACUGGGAGGAGCUGCAGCUCAGGAAGCCAUCAAACUCAUCACACACCAGUUUGUGCCGUUUAAUAACACGUUCAUCUACAACGCCAUGGCUCAGACAUCAGCCACCUUCCAGCUCUGAGUUACUGUAAAUCUCUGUGUGUGUGUGUGUGUUUUAUUCAGCAUGGUUAAGUCAGUACUGUGUUCUUAAUGUUACUGUUUACCAAUAAUCACUUCAUCAGUAAUAAACACUGACUGUAAUAAAUAAUCACUGCUGUGUUUCUCUGA